GCGGGAAAGAGAGACGAUAAGACAAUAAGACAUGUUGGACAGCGGACAAGUUUCUCGUCAUCUUCCACGCGACCUGACCAAACCAUAGUCUUCUCUCUCUUGCUAACCCAUUUCAUAUUUUCCUAGUGUACUAACAAAACCUUCUUAGCAAGCUUCACUAAAUCAAGGCAACUUUUGGGGGGUUCUUGUGGCUGUGGCAAAUCAUGCAGGCAGCUCAAACAGUCACUAAUGGAGCUUCUGAAGAAUCAUCUCCCCAGACCGGUCUCCAAUCUGGAAAAUCCUCGAAGGAUGGAGUUUCAGACCCCGGACCAAGUGGGAGGAAGCCAGAUAUAUCACUUCAAAUUCCUCCCAGGCCUGUAGGUUUUGGCACUAGCCGCAGUGGAAAGAAUUUACAAUCUCAAGGUUCCUCUAAAGGUAGUUCAUUAGGAGGGUUGUUAAGGGCUUUAAGCUUAAAGAAAAGAGGUCAUGUACCAGAAGGUGAGAGAAGUUCCCUCCUUGAUUCUGAUCCCAGGACAGCUCCAGAAAGUCCUAUAUUGGCCAAUAUCAAAGCUGCAUUUUCUUGGAAAAGAUGUACCUCGCUUCCUGUUAGACCAGCAACAAACUUGUCACCUUCGGUUACUACACCUAUGUCAGCAAGAUUGCCUAAUGAACAACCUAAGUUACAUAAAGGAGCUGCUGAGGCUACAGUUUCAAGGUCCCUGUCUGUACCUGGGCGAAAUGUUGUUAUAGUAAGAUCUAUAUCGUUUGCUACCCGUAAUGAGCACACCACAGAAGAUACUAGUGAUGAUCAAAUAAAUCCAGUUCCCAUGGGUGAGGGCGAUGAUGAUGAAGAGAUUCCUGAAGAGGAAGCAGUAUGCAGGAUUUGUCUUGAUGAAUGUCAAGAAGGAAAUACACUCAAAAUGGAAUGCAGUUGCAAAGGUGCCCUUAGGCUAGUACAUGAAGAGUGCGCAAUUAAAUGGUUUAGCACAAAAGGAAACAAGAAAUGUGAGGUAUGUGGGCAAGAGGUAAAGAAUUUGCCUGUGACUUUGCUUCGGAUACCAACCUCCACUCGGAGGGAUAACAGACAGGAUCGCAGCCAAACGAGUCCACGUUCACAAUCAAUAAGUGCAUGGCAGGAUUUUGUGGUACUUGUCUUGAUUAGCACAAUAUGCUAUUUCUUCUUUCUUGAGCAGCUACUGAUUCAUGACAUGAAAAGUCAAGCAAUAAUACUUGCAGCACCAUUUGCGUUUACAUUGGGCCUUUUGGCGUCCAUUUUUGCAGUCAUCCUCGCCAUCAAGGAAUAUAUAUGGACAUACGCGGCUCUUGAAUUUGCACUUGUGGCCAUCACCCUCCACCUAUUUUAUACCUUGCUUAAUUUGAAGGCCAUUUAUGCAAUAUUGCUUGCUUCAGUUCUUGGUUUUGGAAUAUCUAUGAGUAUCAACUCCUUGUAUAUUCAGUAUUAUACUUGGAGAAUCCAGGUUUCUCAUAACACUAACACUAGUCCAGUAUGAUUGAAGAUGGGGUGGCAGAGUUGAAAGAACUGGCUUCGUUGUCAUCGACUGUCAAAAUCAUUUUAUUCCACCAAUCGUGAAAUUAGUUAAAUGGACUUGAUAAUUGCUAUGAUAUAUAAGUUUGUUAUCAUGGAAUUCGGGAAAAAAAAAAAAAAAAAAAGGAUUAUAUAUAUGUGAAGAACAAUCAUGCACUGUAUGUUUCACUUCCAUUAAAUAAAUUUUUAUUAUUUUUC